AUGCUACAAUUGAAUGGGAAUUGGGAUAACUAUGGCAAAUUUAGAGAUUUUGAAGUUAAUGUCAUUGUGGUAGAUGAGAAUGCAAGCUAUAGUAUUCUGAUUUCUACAAUUGCAGAACAACUAUCGAUUGAUACUUCAGAAAAAAUUAUAGAAAUCAAAUACAUGGUGAACGACAAUUGUCCCCCAAUGGAGAUUAGGAAUGAUAUGGGGGUUCAUGUGUAUAUGGAGACCAAAAAGGAGAAUAAAAACUUAGGUUCAUAUCCGUUAUGUAUAAGUGUACGAGAUUUCAAUAUAGAAUUGACAAUCACCAACGGUAACACAAGUGCAGGUUCGUCUGGAUCCCUACAGUUACUUGAUAUGCCAUCCUCUCCAGCUAUAGAGGAAUAUCAAAGUGAAAUAAUAACAGAAUCUACACAAACUGCUAUUGAAGAAGGACAAGUGUAUCAGGACAAGCAAACUGUAGCUGCUGCAAUGAAACACUUUUCUGUUAUGCACAAGUUCCAGUUCAGAGUUAAAAGAUCUAGUCAUAGAAGCUACUGGCUUGUAUGCGUUGGUGAAAACUGUAAAUGGCACUUCAAGGCAAUGUCAAUUAAUGAUUCCACAAUGUUCAAGAUAAGGAGUUUCAACCGACAACACACAUGCUCCGUAAUGGAUGAAAUAUUCAUACAGCGCAAAUGUACUGCAGCUGUAGUUGGUAGCAUGGUCAUUCCAAAGUAUUGUGAUCCUAAGACUAUUUACACACCAAAGGACAUACAAAUUGACAUGUUAUCCGAACACAGAGUGAACCUAAGCUACAUGCAAGCAUGGAGAGCAAAGGAAAAGGUUUUACAGUUUUUGAGAGGGAAUCCGACUGACUCCUACAACAAAUUACCCAAAUAUUUUUAUAUUCUUGAGGAGACUUAUCCUGGUUCGGUUGUUAAAUUGAAGAAGACAGCAGAUGAAUGUUUCUUAUACGCAUUUGUUGCUCUUUGUACAUCAAUAAUUGGUUGGCAACAUUGUAGGCCAGUAGUAGUGGUUGAUGGGGCAUUCUUAAAGUCAUCCUACAAGGGGAUUAUGCUGACAGCAAGCCCCAUGGAUGCAGUAAGUAAAAAGUGUACAAUAUUGCCCUUGGCAUAUGCUGUGGUUGAUUCUGAAAAUGACGCAUUUUGGAAGUGGUUCUUUGAGCAAUUCAAGCAGGCAUAUGGUGAAAGACCUUCAAUGUGUGUUGUUUCAGAUAGGAAUGAGAGUAUACUGAAGAAGGGUCAUCUACAAUUAUAUGAAUUGUACUUUGCUACAACACGGUCAUACACUCUGGAUGAAUUUAAUGAAAGGAUGUCGAAGAUUGAAGAGGUAGACUCGCGUGUGAAAUCUUACCUAUAUGAUAUUGGCUAUCAUAGAUGGUCAAGAGUACAUGCAAUAGUGAAUAGAACAUGGACAAUGACAUCAAAUAUUGCAGAGUCGUUGAACGCUGCAACAAAAGAUGCAAGAGAGCUGCCGAUAUUUGACCUUUUAGAGUAUAUGCGGACACUGCUAGAAUGUUGGACCAACGAGAAGUUAUUGAAGGCAAAGGGUACUUUCACAUUUCUUGAGUCCAAAUUCAACAAAGAAUUAGAGAACAACAGAACAUUAUCUCAGAAACUUAGGGGGAGGGCUUCAACAUAUCAUAUACAUACUGUGUUAGAUGGUGUGAAGUGGUACAUUGUGUGUCUAGAAAAUAAGAAAUGUAGUUGUGGCCAAUUCCAACUUGAAGAACUUCUAUGUGCGCAUGCUUUGGCAGCAUUAAGGCACAUGAAUGAAACAUAUAAAAACUAUUGCUCUCCGUAUUACACAAGGGAGAGCCUUCUGCGUACGUAUAAAAUACCAGUAAAUUCUCUUCCUGAUGAAAGCAAAUGGAAUGUGCCAUAA